AUGUUUCGUCAAGCUACAAGAUUAUUCAACAGUGUAUCAACUUCGAGCAUUGUUGGCAAGGUUGGUCUUGGUCGUCUAAACCAUGUUGCCAUCGCCGUACCAAACAUGUCAGAGGCAACCUCAUUAUACAGAGAUGUGAUGGGUGCCCAAGUCAGUGAACCAGUGGAUCAAAAGGAACAUGGAGUUACAACAGUGUUUGUUGCAUUGGAUAAUACAAAGAUAGAGUUAUUGCAUCCAUUGGGAGAGAAUAGUCCCAUUGCUAACUUCUUAAAGAAGAAUCCUUCGGGAGGUGUACAUCAUGUUUGCAUCGAAGUUGAUGAUAUCAACGCCGCUGUCAAGACUCUGUUGGACAAACAGGUCAAGAUCAUCGAUCCCAAUCCAAAGAUUGGCGCACAUGGCAAGCCAGUCGUCUUCCUCCAUCCCAAGGCCAUGAAUGGUGUCAUGGUCGAGCUGGAAGAGAAAUAA